AUGAGUGAACAUGAUCACUAUAAAGCAUUUCCAAAGAAGGAUUAUCCGUUGGACGAAGAAUGUGAUUUGAUUGAAAUUGAUGGCAAAGAAAUUGCGUAUUGUUUAUGCAGACAUAAUAACUUCUGUAACCAGAAACCGAUUGCUGAUCAAUUCAUAAAUUUUGAAGAGCAACAUCCAGAACUUUUUGGCGAUUCUGAUGAAGAUUUAUCGCAAACAGUUGGAAGUGUAUCACCAAUUCAACCAGUAAAUCAGCCAACAACAACACAAAUGCCAAUUCGUAUAUCUGAAGCGCCACGUAGAGUGACGAUUACGAUGGGUGACAAGAAACAAAUUCAUGGCGCCUCAAUUGCAGAAAUUAAUUCAUUUUCAUCAGCAACUUCAUCGACAAAAAAUAGAGCAUCUGAAACUGCCCCAACGUGGGAUACGUUCAACAAAGGUGCAGCUUCUUUUGCUAGCCCAACUACAACGUUCAGCAAAAGUACAGAUGAAACAUUUAACUCUUCACCCGAUGUUGGUUUGCGCGAAAGUAAUUUCGGUUCUUCUAUUGCCGACGAAUCUUCUCUGAGAUGUAUGCAAUGCGCCCAAGGAGCCCUAAAAGACGAACGAAGCGACUGUGAUAAACAGACUGCAGUCAGCUGUAUUUCUGUAUCAGGAAAAAAUGCUGCCAAAAAUUACUGCUUGACAAGACAAGUCUUGAUUGAAGAUGGCAAAAAUGCGAUAGAGAAGAUGUGCAUUACAUCAAAAUCUUUGGCUCAUGUUUUCGGAAACAGAGUAAGCACUGACGGAUGUACAGUUCUUGAAGAAGAAGGUGUCAGAAUAUGUGUCUGUAAUUCACCACUAUGCAAUCAGGAACCUAUCUAUCAACAGCCACUAAAACGAUGCAUUGAGUGUAGCGAAAAUGCACUGCAACAAGAAGGAGAAGACUGUUCUCAAUCGGUUGCCGUAAAUUGCGGAGACCGGUUUGCAUACGGUACAGCUACUUAUUGCAUGAGCAGACAGACUGAACUUUCUAAAGGUGUUUUCAGUCUGGAGAAAAUGUGUAUCUCAGAAAAACAGUUUCAAGAAGAUUUUCCCGAUGAGGAAGCUCUCCGGCUUGGAUGUUUUGAGAUGUUUGACGGAAUGAUCAAAUACUGUGUUUGCACAGAAGAUCUGUGCAAUCAGAAAAGUCUUGCUCUGCAAAUGAGGAAUGAUCCCAAUUAUAAAAGGUAUUGA